AUGAACCGCCAUCUCCUCCGGGUUCGCAAGGCUCAUUGCACCUGCGUGAAGACCCCCUUGUGCAAGAAGGAGCUGGAGCAGCCCGGGACCAGGGAGGCGGAGGCGGAGGCGGAGGCGGAGGCCGCGGAGGAGGGGUCGGAGGAGGACGAGGAGGAGGAGGACGAGGAGAGGCCGCCGGAGGAGCGCGCGGCCGAGGGCGAGGCGGAGGGCGGGGAGGCGGAGGGCGGCGAGGGCCGGGAGCGGGACUCCGUGUCUUACUAUCCGUUGCGCCAGGAGUCCAGCACCCAGCAGGUGGCGCUGCUGCGGCGCGCGGACAGCGGCUUCUGGGGCUGGUUCAGCCCCUUCGCACUGCUCGGCGGCCUGGCCGCUCCAGCCAACAGGAAGCGGAUCCCCCCGGAGGAGCCGUGCGUGCUGGAGACGCGGCGGCGGCGGCUGCGCGGCGGGGGCUGCGCGCGCUGUGAGAUCCUUUUCUGCAAGAAGUGCAGGAACCUGCACAGCUCGCCGAACUACGUGGCGCACUGCGUUCUGGAGCACCCGGAUCUGCGGGAGGCGCGGGCUUCUGGAGGCGCGGGGGCUGCCGUGGGCCUUUGA